ACCACACAGUCAAGCGAGCAUGCGAAUAAAAAUGGCAGCCUCCAUGCGCAAAUUGAUGUUUGUCUUGAGGGAAAGCCAAUUGCGAAGUUCAAUGGUGAGAAGCUAUUCAAGACGACAACAGAAGGGAACAAGAGUAACAUUAACACCGUCUGAAGAUAUCCAAAAGUUAUCUCAGAAGAAAACAAUCAUUGAUCCUCGUAAUAAUCCUUUCAUUGCGUACAACCCUGUUGAUCCUGUUCAAAGAAGUAUGACAAAGUUUGCUAACAAAACUUAUGCAAAUGAGAAAACUAAAUCAAAUGAAAAGAAAAAUGUUCAUAGAACAGCAAACGAUAUUAAGCAACCUGUGGAAGUGGAAGAGGUACAAAAAAAUCUGAAACAUAAAAAAACAUGCAAAAAUACACCUGCGAGAAAGCGUGAACACAUUGAAAUGCAAAACAAACCUAACAGUGAUGACCACAGUAAGGAGCGGAAUAGAGAGGAUGGCGUGGAAUACGAAUGGCUAGAAAAGGGUGAUAGAACAUUGAGCACCAUUCUUGUUCACGCUAAGUCAAAGAAAGGCCUAAGUGAAGGACUUAUAGUGAUAGAAGGCAAGGAAACUGUGCUCAGAGCUCUCCAUCUGGGGGUCAAGCUUAAGUACCUGUUCUUCAGCAGUGCUCAAAAAGUUGAUUUUUUGAAAUCCAUUGAUUAUUCAGAUGCGUCUGUGUACAAAACAAGCUUCAAAGAAUUGAAACUCUGGACAGAUCUUAAAGACCCUGAAGGCUUUAUAGGUGUGUUUGAGAUGCCAGAGGAGGGGACAGCAAUGCAGCAUGUGUCUCACACAGUGCCUGUAUCUCUCAUCUUUGAUAGAGUUACGGACCCUGAACAACUCGCUAUGCUGCUUAACACUGCAGCAGGAAUUGGAUGCCAGCAAAUCAUAGCGACUCGAGAUUGUUGCAGUAUGUGGCAUGCAGAUGUUUUGCGUCAGUCGGACCUGGCUCCCUUGAGGAUACCCACAUAUUGUGAGGUCCCCUGGAACAAACUGCCGGCCCUUCUGCCUGGUGGAGAGCAGAUGAGGGUCCUUGUGGCAGACAGCAGACAGCUCACAGGGGGUCAUAGGCGCCAUAUUGAGGGUAGCGUGGACGUUGUGUCACGCCUGGAGGAGCUCUACCAGGAAGGGCUUGAAGAGGACGUCACCACAGAUACAACCAGCACUGACAGUACUGACACAGAUAUACAACACAAGUCAACUAUAAACUAUAAAGUGAAAAAACGCAAAAGUAUAUUAGACAGUAUUGAGAGUGAUGUUUCAUACAGUGAUGAAACAAUGUUAAAUUUGUACAAUAAGGCACCUUUAAACAUUGUGAACAGUUAUGACCUGGAUGUGCGGCCCGGGGACCAUGUUGUGCUUGUGGUGAGUGGAGGGGGCUAUCUGGCCCCACAGACCCGCAAGCUGGUGUAUGACAGUUACGGUCAUUAUGUUAGUGUCCCAGGGCAGCAGGCUAGCUUCGCCUUCUCUGUGACAGGCAGCAUUAUCCUGUAUGAACUGGCCAACAAGCUGAGAACAGAGCACAGCCUGCAAAAACAGACUUUUGCUUCUGCCGAAUAGAUAAUGUGUUCAUAAUGUUAAUUUUGGUUUAAAGCUAUUUUUUGCUUGUUUUUGUUUAAGCCAUUAAUUUGUGAAUGAAUUUCUUCCAAAUAAGUUCUGACAAAGAACUUGAUUGAUAUGGAAACAUUUGUUUGUAAUUGUUCUAAAUCCUUAAGGAAAUGAUAGGACAAUAUCAUUUUCAUUCGAAGAUAUAGUAUAACACUUUUUAAAAGACAUUUAUAUUAGGCAUAUUUCUCCAAUUAUUAUCUUAUUUGCUUAAGAAUUAUAUUUGAUGUCCAAAUCUGUA